AUGAGAAUUUUAGAGGAAGACGAUGAUGGAAGUAGUGAUGAGAUAUUUAAUUAUCCAAUUGAAGAGAGUGCAGAAUUCUCUUCUUCUGGUCUUUCAGCAUUAAAUCAAAAUUAUUUAAGUGGAAGUAGUAAAGAUGAAGAAUUAAAUGAAAGAAAAUUGAGUAUAAGUUCUAAACGUUCACAACAAAUGAAGAGAAUGGAAGAAAUUGAAGUUGAAGAUUACAAUAAUUUAGAAAGAAAAGACAAAUCUUUGCCUAAAGUAACUAUUCAUAUGGCUUCAACUGGAAAAGGAACAAUUGAUAAUGAAGACGAUGAGGAUACAAAUUUAAUUAAAAAGUUAAAACAAAAAGAAAGGAAAAAGAAAAUGAAUAAAGAAGGAUUAAGAUUUAUGAGAAAUAUAGCUAUACAGGUUUAUAUAUCUUAA